AUGUCCCUAGCACAAUUGCGAGAUGGACCGCUUAAUGAACGCAGGACUGCCAGAGCUUGUGCUGACUGGUCUUUCGCAGGNGCAUCCUUGACCAAGCGAGCUGCCCGCCUGCGCGCUUUGAACCAAAUCACCCAGUCCAUCACCCAACACUGUGGUCUCCCUCCUGCCCUCAACCUCGAUUUUGAUUCUCUUCCCUCUCCUCCUCACACUCCUUCUGAAGAUGUUCUGCUUAAUGCCGCCGACCUAGANAAAGACUUGUUGUUGCCUUGCUCCUUGGACGCCAUAGAACAGAAUCCCGCAAUUAAAGCUCUGGCUCGUCAAGAUGCGCCUCCUUCGAUUGAUUCUGGAAACAUUGGUCGGAAAUCUCAUGCCACGGCUCCUAUCACUAACUCAGACACUAUCGCAAGCCCACAAGAUCAUCCUGUUUUGGACAAUGCAGACCUUGCGCGGGCUUCUGAUGGUUCUCCAGUCAAUCCGCCUGCUCGGGACAACCAAAGGCAUCGACCACGUACCGUCCAUCUACCACCCAAGGAAGUCCAGGAAGAACGGUUUCGUGAGAAGCAGUUGCGUCAGGAAGCACGCCGGAGAGAUGCUGCCGAACCUGACAAACCUCAAGGCGAAGCCGCGUCAUCGCCGACAUCCACUGCUGGUGCUCCUUCCAUGGCUACCCCUCUGCCCGCUGGUCCUUCCCCACUGACCAGUACUGACGAGGAUACCACAUCUGCAAACCAGACAGUGGCCAAGCCUCCUAGCUUACAGCCAUCCACUGAGGAAAUUCUUGCCAAGGAACAACACGACAAGCUAUUACAAUCGCANAAAGAAAUUGCGUAUCAGGAAGCACUGGGACACGAGGAUGACUCUCCUGAUGUGCAGCUGCGUCUUGAGCAGGAACAAGCGGCAAAGGCGACUAGAGAUGCUUCCUCGAAUGCCAAGCCUCCUACUAUUGAUUCGUCCAAUAAUGUCAACGCAACAAUGUCAGCUAGUGAAGGAAACAAAAUUACUGCGCCGGUUCAGCCUUAUUCGACAUCACCUUCCGAUUCAGUUUCUGAUUCUACGCAAAAGAAAAGAGCCCCUCGACCAUCCCUUGUCAACAUUAUGCCGCCCAGAGAUCCUGCGCUUGCCAAUGCUGUUGUCGAGACUUCAGGUCCCGUCCACGUUCAAUCGACUUCGGAAGUGAAAGAAUUGACAAGGCCGUCCCAUCUCGCUUCCAAGCGUGCUCACACGACANNGGGGGAGGUAUUGAAGGUCAAAACAGAGCAGCCGGUUGUAAGACGCCAACGAGCAAUCAAAGAUGAGCCGCAAUCACCCGUCUCGCUACGAUGCUCCGAACUCAUGAAGAAGGAGGGCUACAACGCUCUCAAGGGUGUGUCCGCCGAGCUCACAAGGGACUAUCUGGAGCCGCUGUACCGUAUACAGGUCCACGAUCCUCCCAAUGGCAGACCCUUGCAUGAGCUUUUGCAAAAAGCCAGUAAGGCCGUGACCACUACUGAGCAGUUUGCUGGAUACCAUGAGAGACAGGAUCAACGUAUACUUCGGAGGAUCUAUCAACUACAAAAUGCGAAUCGCUGGUCCCUGAGGCAGAUGCAACCUUGUGCUGAGCCAGCUGCCCCCAAAACACACAUGGACCAUCUCAUGGCCGAAAUGAAAUGGAUGAGGACUGACUUCCGUCAAGAGCGCAAGAUGAAGAGAGCAACAGCCAAGUUCUUUGCGGAGCAGUGUACAGAGUGGUACAAUGCGGAUAAAGAAACCCGGAGGUCGAUGCAAGUCAAACUCAAAUCGAUCGAGGCGCUACGCCAGGAUACAGCAGCUCUACACUCUCCCGCCGAGUCCAGUUUUGCAAACAGUGAUAGACACAGUCAAGGAGCCCAGUCGCCACCAGGAUUGGACAACGAUGUCGAAUCUAGUGUUGAUGACUUUGACAUGCCGAGGACACCGCAGUACGCCACUGUAGUUCCAUCAUCUUUCUUCUCUGCUAUCAACAUGGAUAAGGAAACAUUCCAUAUGCAAGACAACGAGGACUUGCACAGCGCUCUUGCCGAGCUCCCACUACUGACGCCUUUCGAUGAGGAAGAGAGUCCUGCCCAUUUGACCAUUAAACGUCCAACCCCGGCAGUAUCAAAGUUCUGUGCGGCUAAAAUGAUGAUUGAUGUUAGUGGUCCGCCAAAGAAGAGAAGCCGAUACGAUUACAGCGAUGAGGACGAUAUUGUGGACGAAACCUCACUGCCUGCCACGAAGAGGCCACGGGCAAGUCAAGAUGACUCAGGCUUGCGACCUGAGCAGACAGACGUCGCCCUCUUCGAGCCCGAGAACAAGCUUCUGCGAAGUAGACUGCAUCAGAAUACCGCAUUCCGGCCUCCAUCCGAGUUUCAGAUGCCAUCUUCGCAGUUCUACGAAUUCAGAACGGCAUCGCAAUGGACAGAAGAAGAUCAACAAGCUCUACGCCGUCUUGCAAAGGAGUACUCAUUCAACUGGUCUCUCAUUGCAGACAAUCUGUCACUGUCAUCCAGAUUCACUAGCGCAUCCGAUAGACGUACGCCUUGGGAGUGCUUUGAGCGUUGGGUGGAGCUGGAAAGCCUUCCUAACGAGAUGCGGAAAACUCUUUACUUCAAGACUUGGAACCAGCGACUUGAGGGAGCUAACAGGAACAAUGAAGCCAAGUACCAACAACAAAUGGCACAGCUUGCACAGACUCCAGGGCAGCCUCCCACAAUUAUGCGAAAGAAGACGACGCCAUUCAAAGUCGACAAACGUAGGCAGAACCGAUACUUGCACAUGGUGGACGCGAUGCGAAAACUGGCUAGAAAACGGGAGCAACAGGCCCACAAGCAGGCUGAAGGUGGGAUUUCUCACUCAAACUUGAUGCAACCGGGACUGACAAGCACGACAGCCCAAAAAGCUGCACACAUGCGCAAGCAACACGAAAAUGCAGCACCUAAGAACGGCAUUCCUACUCCUCAGGAAUUUAGUAAGAUGCGCCAGGAGCGAGAUGUCCAGGUUCACGCACGACAAGAACGUUACAGGGAGCAAAUGCUCGUGCAACAACGCCAGGCUCAAAUGCAACGCAAUGGACAAAUGCCGAACCAGCAAGCUCAUCCCAAUGUCAAUGCUCACAACCGUACCGGACCUAACAUGCCUCAUCCACAAAGCUCUCAGACACAACCUGGUGGGCCACAACAGGUCAACCACCAAGGUCUGCCCAAUGGUCAACAUCCUAAUCCUGCUGCGCAAGGAGGCGCGCAUCUCAAUACUCCACAAAUGGGCAUGCGCGGAGGUAUACCACAAGCGCAGAUGCAACCCAACAUGCGCCCUGUGGCGAAUGGUCAAGCUCAUGGGACACCAGACGGGAUGCAGCAGAGAGUGCUCGAAGCCCAGAGGGCCAAUCAACUAAAGAUGAAUGGUCAGCAAUACCAGAUGGCGCCACCAAAUCGCGCAAGUCCUGGAGGUAUGCAUCCUCCCGGUGGGGUGGGUAACCAGUCCGCAAUAAACAGCAUGCAAAACGUCCGUACUCCUGGUCCCCAAGUUCAACCCCAUCAGUCGACCCCAAAUGGCAACACGGUUGCUUCGCCGCACAUGCCUCCACCACCGACUCCGACAAACCAAUCGCAACAACCGCAGCAACUUUCCAGUGGACUUGUCCCGAACAUCACAUCAAUCACUCACCAGCUUCAAGCGCAGUUCCCGCAAGCCUCGGCAGAAAAGAUUCAGGAAAUGGCGACCGAACGCUUACGACACAUUCACUUGCAAGGACAGCACCAGCAAUCUCAUCAGCAAGCUCGCCAAAGUGCGCUCAGCGCCGCUGCUGGAACGCAUGCCGCUAAUAUCGCGCCAAACGGCUCGCCCGCUUAUAGCCAAAACCAAGCAGCCUUCCACCAGAACAAUGGCAAUGGUCAACACACAGCCUUCAAUACCAAUGGUAAUAACACGACAGGCAAUGCAGGCAAUGCGACUGCACAACAGUACGCUGCCGGUAUGCGACAACGCGUUUUGGCUCAACAGAGUCAGAUGCAACUUCAAAAUCCCUCUGUACAGAACAACGGCAGCCCGCGGGUAGCACAGGGCAGUCCAGUGCCGGGCAUGGCGGUCCCCAGUCCGAACAUGGCUUCUGCUCACCCGGCGCAAAGUAUGCCUCUCAACGCCAAUAACCGUACGCCCACGCCUCAGAUGACAAGGAUGGGUAGCGGUCAAGGGGCCGCGGCUUCAGGUACGCCUCAGCCAGGAUCACAGCUGCAACAAACGCCGUCGGCGAUGCAGCGACAAAGCCCCGUUGUUCAGCAGGCCAGCCCAAGACCUGUUUCUGCUGGUGUUGCCAGACAAUAA